AUGCCUUCAGCAGGCACCUCAAAUGGCCUUUCGAGUAUACUCCUUCCACGGCCUGCAAAUCCAUAUACAUCAGACUCUAUUUCGCAAGGCAGACUGCAAUUGCCCGCAGUCUCUGCCAUACAGCCGCGGCGGGAACAUCAGAAUGGACCGGAUCCUCGAUCCAGCCAAUAUUCGCCAAUUUCCUACCCCUCCUCAUACCAAGAUCCGAAUUAUCCUUCAUAUACCAGUGACAUAAAUCCUUCUGUUCCGGCUCCCCAUGCUUUCCACCCGGCCCAGGCCGGCAGCCUCCCAUAUUCUUCGCAAUACAGAGCGGAUCCCCAGCUUGUAACGCUCGACAACUCUCAAAGCCCAAGAGCGCCAUUGAGCCAUACACCACCUGUUCAGCGGCGGCUGGCAAGAAAAAUAAGUCAGAGAAAGGCGGACACCCUAAAGGUUCAUGUUCAUGUUAAUAAUAGGUCUUCAGCAUCAUUGGAAAAUCAGUCCCGCGAACAACAGACGCAGUCCGAUGCCGUUCGAGAAAACCAACAACCAACGUUACCCAUGCUGCAAGAACGCCCACCACAAGCGACUCAAUCAAAACCCAUCCCUAUAUCCGGACUCCUGAGCGGAACCCCAAGUGGAAAUCUUGAUCGACCUCCACCCACAUACAGCAUCACGGUCCGGCAGCAACCCAAAUCCGCUCGCGCUUGUGGUUUUGGCGAGAGAGAUCGUCGAGUGAUUGAUCCUCCGCCAAUUCUUGUCCUAGGAAUAGACCAACCGGGGGCCAGUCCAGAGGAAAUCACUGCAAAACUCCGCUCGUCACUCUAUGUGGUGCAUUGUUCACUGUGGAAUCCAGUGACUGAUGAAGACGAGACUAUGAUGGCUGCAUCGGACAGGAAGCCACAGAGACGCCUAGUCGGGACACUCGUGGGGGCGCAUUUCUAUGGCAAAGAUACCGAGAACCGGGAACAAUGUUUCUUCCAUUUUACAGACCUUUCUGUGAGAACUGCUGGCACCUACUAUCUCAAAUUCAAGCUUGUUGUGCUGGAUGCGCAGAAAAUGAAGGCCGGAUUCAGUUUUCCUAUAUGCGCAACGACCAAGAGCGAACCGUUUGCCGUCUACAAUGCCAAAGACUUCAAAGGCAUGCGGGCAAGCACCGAAUUGACGAAAUGCUUGAAGGCCCAAGGGUGCCUAAUCCCAGUUAAAAAGGGUAAUGCGACGACGAAUGCCUCCACCCCUCAUAGUGAGGAGGAGGUGGGGAAUCCAUUGGACGACGAGGAUCAUGACGGUAGCGAGGGCAGUGAGAUAACAGGGACUCCCAAACGGAUAAAGUGCUAUUGA